AUGGACCCAGGCGGAAAUAAAAUAAGCGGUAGUUCGGUAGUAGGCUCUGGCAGUCAAGAUUCAAGAAAAACUAGUACCCCACAGCGGUUUACUUCACCAAGAAGGAUUUUGAGAUCCCCUAGUCUUUCGACAAUAUCGUCUCCUGCACUGUCGACUAGAUCUAAACAAAAUCAGAGCGUCGAAGAAAUUUUCAAGAGUUUGUCAAUAAGUGAGGAAAUUCGUUCAACACCAAGUAUUAGCGAACAAGGUGAUAUUUCGAUUGAUGAAUAUACCGAAGAAAACUAUGACCAAUAUUUUAACAAAAUAAGGCGUCAACCAAUCAAUAAAAACCAAUGCAAAACGUAUAAACCCAGUGCAAAAGACACUCUGUACGCCAAAAUCUUCGAUGAACCAUCUGACACAAAGGCAAUAACGUUAGAAUUCUUUCGUUUAUAUCAACAAGCACCAGAUGCUGCUAUCAAACAACUGAUUAAAUUAUGUAUUGAUGUGGCAGGAUUCCACAAGUUCGAUCCAGAACCUCAUUUCUUGAUUAACGAAUACGACAAAUCUUCAAAACGUAUCAUUGAAAUGUUAGUUUCGGAUGAGAAUUUACUCAAAUAUUCAACAAUAAGGGAAGGUAAAUACCUUCUGAGGGAACGACCCACAAAUUUUAUCAAAUACAUAAAAAUGGGCAUUUAUAAUUUUAUACAGAAAUUAAUACAACAAGCGCAUUUUAAUAACAUCCUUUAUGAUGAGAUUUUUAUUAAGUGUUUGAUCAGUUUCUUAAAGUGUAUGGCAAGAAGCAGAUGUAGAUGUCUAAAACAUGCUGGUGUAAUAAUGGUUUCAAAAAUGCUGACUGCAGUAGUCCUAGUCUUGAACGAUGUGUCUCAAAAUUCUAUAUCAGAAAAUAACAAUACUUCUACAGAAGAAAAAAACCGGAUCCUCAUCAGUCUCAUUGAGGGUCUCUAUAUGAUAUUUUACAAAUACUGCCGAACUCGAGAUGAUAUGAUAAAGAACAUGAGAGUUGAGUGUAUACAUGAAACAAAAACAUGGAUAAAAUAUUUUCCGAAACUGUUUAUAAAUGAUUUUGAAAUAUUUGAAAUUGUCAUGAAACUGAUGAUAGAUCCCUCUAAAGAAGUUAGAAUGGCAGCAUUGGAAGUAUGCGAAGAGCUGCUGCAAAUCGCUUCAGUACGAGAAUCAAUCAAACCUAACCAGGACGUAUUGUUGACAGCAAUAGCAGGAAGAUUUUGUGAUGUGGACAUUCCAUUGUCCGUCAAAGCCGUAGACAUAUUUACUCUGAUAUUAAAAUUCGAUCUUAAAUUUAUAAACGACGAAAUAUGUACUAAAGUGGUAGAUAUAAUAUUCAACAAGUACGCGCCAUUGGGAAAAGCGGCCUGUCGGUUUUUCUCCUUAUGGUUAGAUUUGGCACAGAAAUGUCCUGAUGAAAUAAUCAUUUACAUCGCUAGGAUUUUUACUUCCAGGAAUCACAAAUACGGAAAGGAAAUUGUGGUGGAUGGGUUUUUGGAUUCAUGCACGCAUAUGGACAACUGGAAACUAUUCUGUAAGUUAAUUGUGACAGAAGUCGAAGAUAAUGAACUAAAGGAGGCCUUAGCUCAGCUGUUUUCAGAAGCUGUAAAACAACGAGUAUCCGGAACAGUCGGCAUACCUAGGCUUAUGUCAAAACCAGUUAAGCCAGAUACCCAUACACUUCAUAACGAUCUAGCUAAGAUGCUACCCUGUUUAGAUUCAAUACUGGUGGCAGAAACUAACAUUAGUAUUCUCAAGAAAGUUUUGGAAAUUAUUCUGAAACUGGAUGUAACUGUAUUAGAUGAGGAUUAUUGCAAGGAAUUUGGCGAUAUAUCAAGCUCAGCCAGAAACUUAUUUAAUACUCAAUACGAUUUAAAAUUGUUGGACUUGUCGGCACAAGUUUUGCACCAUUUUACACAAGCUGGUGUUUACGCCGAAAGAGGAAGCAAACAUGCGAAAAUUAUCUGUCAAGAGAAUGUAGACACGUUUCUUCAGUUACUGAAUACACAAAGCGAUCACCUACCAAUAGUGGCAAAUAGAGUUGCAAUUUUAUUUCAGUACUUUGAUUUGAGUGAGGAAUUAAACUUCAUGGAUCCUACUGGCAUGAAUGAAACGAUGAUGGUGCCCAUUUUAAAAUGCUGUUCUUGGCACUUACUAUGGAAUUUAAGAAAACUUAAACAUCAAGCUCAGUUAAGAAAGACUGAAAAUUUGAACCUGAAGAUCAAAAACCUCGGUGUUGGAAUCCGAGACUUUUUAACAGUUUGCAUCAGCAUGUUGCAAAAGGUUCAGGCUUAUAGAAACAACGAAGAAUUUAUACAAAUGUUUCAUAUCUUUUGUCAAACAAGUACAACGUUCACUCAAGAAUGUGAAGUUGCAAAAAAGAUUAAUGUAAGCUUCAAGGAAUUGAGUCUGAACGUUGAAGAACCUGCAGAACGACAAUUUUUGCAGAAACUAGUCGACGCUAAAAUUAUUUGUAAUAAUGCAAUGCCACUAGAUGAACGAAGACGAUUGUUGGAAGUUUAUGUUAGAGCCAUACAUCUGGGCAUUCUUCCUAUACAAACGUUGCACAAGGUGUACAAAUAUUUUCAUUCAUUCAACGAAGAUUAUGGUGAAUUGAUAGAAGCUUCCCUAAAAACUCUUCACACGAUGGAUGCUCUCGUUACACCCUACCCUAUUUAUCAUACAUUAAAAGAAGUUUUUGAGGACAUUCUCGAAAGAUAUAAUGGCGUUGUAGAUAUUAGGUCCGAAGAAGGAACACAACUAAUGAAACUUGCCAAUCAAUUUGCCACCUCUAAGAUUUUACGUGAGUCUAGUAUCCUGUUCAGAAUAUUGAUACUUCUUUUUGAUUAUGCAUUUAAAGAUGAGCAAAAACUUGUCUUCCUACACAUUGCAAAACAUUUCUUUAACGCUAUCGACAACAAUGAUACUAAGAAAAAAACACAAUCAGUGUUUAAGCGAAAAAUUAAGCCGGAAUUUGAAAAGAACGAUUCUGUGCUAUUUUUUGUAUCAUUAAUGAAGUUAUCGUUGAAAGAAAGCAGUACGGGACCGGCUAAACAGAGAAGAAGCUCUACGAUAGAAAAUGUAUCUCCCAAUCAAAGCAAAAUACAAGAUCUAUCCAAACAGACUGAUGUAACAACAACAGAACAUUAUUCACCUAGAAAGAGAUCUAGACGCAUUUAA